AUGUACACGUCCCCGCCUUAUUAUCCGCAACCAUCGCAUCCGGUAGCGGAGUAUUCUUUUCCUUAUGCUUCGUCUUCCGCUCCGCCUCAGCCAGGAACUGUUGUCACGCGCCCACCAUCAUUGACACAUGCCUCGUCUCGCGCUCCGCCCGAGGGCAACCAAUUGGACAUCAAAAAAAUCGAGCUCGGUGUCGAUACGCGGACCACGGUAAUGGUCAAAAAUAUUCCGAAUAAAAUGACAGACAAGGAGCUUAUCACGUACAUCAACAAAGUCUGUCAUCGGAGAAUUGAUUUUCUGUACCUGAGGAUGGAUUUCCAGAACGGAUGCAACGUUGGCUACGCCUUCGUCAAUUUCAUAUCGGUCCAAGAUUUGUUACGUUUCGCGAAGGCGCGUCUAAAUGAGAAAUGGAACAUCUACUCAAGUGAGAAAGUGCUUCAGAUGAGCUAUGCGAAUUAUCAGGGAAAGGAAGCCCUCGUGGAGAAAUUCAAGAAUUCCUGCAUCAUGGAUGAACGUGAGGAGUGGCGUCCAAAGAUAUUCUACUCCGACCCCGGGCCGAGCCAGGGACUUCCAGAGGAGUUCCCAAAGCCCACGCAUAUCCGGAGGAAAGAGCGCAGCUCGUACAACCGUGGAACGUUGUACCCCCCUGGUGUCAGCACCGGUGCAGGUCACUACAGGUAUCUCAAUGCUGGCAACGUUGGCAAUGCUAGCUCACGACACCAACAACCCCGUGUUUCCGGCGAGGACAGACGACGUCGACGUGGCGCUGAGAGUGUUCCUUUCCCCUCCCUUGUCGGAGGCGAGGCUGAGGAUACCACACGCGCCGGCUGA